AUGGUUAUUACCUCCGAGUUCACGACCGACGCCCCGACACAGCCACUCCACAUUUCACUCCUUGACAAAUAUGAAUAUUUCGCCAAGGAGCGCCCCGACUUGAUCGUUUUUGAAAUCAUCGUUCUCCGAACAAAGCCGGACCCACUCCCGAAAGGCGUGACUGAUUUCGAAGAAAUGCUGAAGUGUAAACCCGAUUUCGACUACAGGGCAAUCAAAUUUGAUAUGAAAGAAGAUUUAAUAACACUGCCAUAUAGUUCUGGAACCACAGGAGCUCCAAAAGGCGUGAUGAUCACCCAUUUCAACCUGGCGAGCUGUCUGGAGAUGUUUUUAUUCAAUGAAAAGCGAAAAUGGGCCGAGCUUGGCAUGCCCUUUGACAUUGUUAUUGGCAGAAACUCGCUUGCCAUCCUGCCACAGUACCACGCUAUGGGAAUGUUUACGAUGGUGGCUCUAACAUUCAUGGGGAUUCAACAAAUAAUGUUCCGCAAGUUCCACCUCGAGUCGAUGCUAAUGCAUAUCGAGAAGUUUGAUACAACAGUCCUGAUCCUCGUGCCGGCCAUCAUCAACCAAAUGGCAUUCUCCCCACUACUCGACAAAUACGACAUGUCGUGUCUGAUGACGAUCAAUUCCGGGUCUGCUCCGUUGAGCAAGAAUGUCAUCGAGAGGUUGAAGGAGAGACUUCCGGAUAUCAAUAUUAGGCAGAGCUACGGUAUGACGGAAAUGUCACUUGGAUGCCAUUUUUCUGUACUCAACCAACCAGACAACGCGACCGGAAAGUUGACCGCUAAUAUGUCGAUGAAGGUAGUAAACCAAGAAACCGGUAAAGAGUGCGGGCCGAUGGAGAUGGGCGAGCUUCGAGUAAAGGGACCAGUGAUCAUGAAAGGCUACAAAAAUCGGCCCGAAGACACGAAGAAGACGCUCGAUGCGGAUGGAUGGUUGAUUACAGGAGACCUUGUCUACUACGACAAAGAGGGGUUCUUAUACGUUUGUGAGCGGGCGAAGGAGUUGAUCAAGGUCAAGGGGGCCCAGGUCGCACCAGCAGAGCUAGAAGACGUCAUCCUCGGUCAUUCUGGAAUCGUCGACUGUGCGGUGGUUGGUGUUCAGCACGAGAUAAAUGGAGAGGCCCCACGAGCCUUCGUCGUCCGAAAAAGUGACGGCGUAUCUGAAGAGGAUAUCCAUCGCUUUGUUAAUGAACGCGUUGCCCGGUAUAAACAACUCACUGGCGGCAUCAUUUUCGUCGAAACAAUCCCCCCGGACCCCAACUGGAAAGAUUCUAAGGCGACGCCUGAAGGAGAUGUAUCCUGCGGAGAAUUC